AUGGUUGCCACUAACGGAACUAACGGCCAGGCCAGUAACGCGCAACACGUCAACUUUAGAGACCCGACUGUCUAUGCCGAGUACGAGAAGACAUGGUCGUCGAUUCCGCAAGAUGAAGCGGGCUGGCUUGAACGUGCCCAAGCAGUCGCCGACGUUCUUGCUGCUGAUGCUGUCGUGCGAGACCAAGAAAACAAGUCUCCUCGAGCCGAAGUGGCUCUGCUCAAGCACUCUGGACUUCUUAAAGUUCUUGGCCCAAAGCAGUACGGUGGUGGUGGCCAACCUUGGAGUGUUGGUUACAAAGCGAUUCGGAAGGUAGCUGAGGCAGAUGGCUCAAUUGGCAUGCUGCUUGGCUACCACCUUCUCUGGUCGACCACAGCAAACGUUGUCGGCUCAGCGGAACAGGCCGAUCGCAUUCAGAAGCUCAUCAUCGAGAAUAACUAUUUCAUUGGCGGCGCCGUCAAUCCUAGAGACAGUGAUUUGUCCAUUAAAUCUGAUGGCGACAACAUUGUCUUCAAUGGGUUCAAGUUGUUCAACACGGGUGGUGUUGUUUCUGAUCUCACUGUUCUUGAGGGUGUCUACGAAAACACUGGGAACCACAUCUUCGCCUUUGCAAAGACAAACCAACCUGGCAUCCAAUUUGGACAUGACUGGAACAAUAUUGGCCUCCGUUUGACGGAAUCUGGCAGUAUCAAAAUCUCUGACGUGCGUGUGCCGUGGGCGGAUGCGCUGGGCUGGAACAUUGAGAGGAAGGAACCCGACCCACGCGCGCUGCAGAUACCGUUUGCAACGCUGCUUCUCCCGACCAUCCAGCUUGUCUUUAGUAACUUCUAUCUUGGCAUUGCUCUUGGUGCACAGCAAUACGCUGCUAAGUACACUUUGAAGGGAACUCGGGCAUGGCCUUUUGGUGGCGACGUAAGCACACCAGUACCUACAAACUCUGAUGAAAAGGCGACGGAUGAAUUCUACAUUCUCGAGCGCUAUGGCAAUUUCCAUGCUCAUCUCCGUGCCGCCUCUACCCUUGCAGACCGCGCAGGCCAAGAGGUCGAUGCCAUCUACCAGAACUACGGAGGUGAUUUGGACAGACGUGGAAAGCUGACGACACGCGAGCGAGGCGAGCUGGCAGAAUGGGUGGCAAGCAUCAAAGUUGUCGCAACCGACACUGGCCUCCGCGUUACUUCAGGAGUGUUUGAGGUCACUGGUGCAAAGGCGACGAGCCAAAAGGUGGGCUUGGAUCGAUUCUGGCGAGAUAUCAGGACGCACACGCUGCACGAUCCUGUCGCAUAUAAGAAUCGGGAGUUGGGUCGGUUUGCACUGUUGGACGAGAUUCCGGAGCCUACUUGGUAUACUUAG